ACAGAGAGACAACACAUUACAGUAUAAACUGCUAUUCAAUUGAUAGUAACGUUAAAACACGUAUCGAUUGAUAACACAAAACACACCAUAACUACAGAUAUAUUGAGUGCAAACCCAUUGGUGUGACCGCAACGAUGAUCACUGGCCACAAGACAUCACCAUAACUGGUUCCAGGCGUGGGUGUGUGACCCGUGGCAAUGGUGGUGACGUACAGCGACCACGUUCUGCGCGGGUUUGUGGCCCAGAUAUGUCGCGACAUGGGUUGGCACGCCUCGCACUCGACGUCGCUGGACGUGUUGGCACAGUUGGCCGCCCAAUACACGCGCCAGUUGUCGGCCCGAUGUGUGCAUUACGCCAACCACUGCGGCCGACCGGUGCCCACGUUUGACGACAUCGGCCACGCGUUCAACCACUUUAAUAUCGAUCUUCAGGAGCUCAAGGAUUACGUGCAAAACGUGGAUUCGCAGCCCCUGGACGUGCCGGUGCCCAAGUAUCCCAUCGCCAAUGUCUCCAAUCGCGUCGUCAACAGUACCGCCUCUGACGAGGAGAGGCCCGAGUGGUAUUACGAAUGGAUGCCACCAUUGCGUGAGACGCAGACAUCGGGCGCCGGCGGUGACGAGAGCGGUGGCGAUACGUCUAAACUCAACGAAGACAUACUGCAGGACAGUUUGACGUCACCGCCGCUGCCGUCGUCGUCAUCAUCGGCGCAGGUGUUGGCACUGGAGUCGGGUGCCGGCGGCGGUCCGCUCUCUCCCAGACGGGCCGUAUCGGCGGCGGUGGCGGUGUUGGACAGCUUCGGAUUUUUGCGCGAUCUGCCGGCCAGUGUGGGCGGCGGUCAACGCGAGGGCCGAUUGCCGGACACCCAGCGGGUGAUCGAGUCGGAGGAGUCGCGCGAGAAUACGCCCGAACGGGAGGUGAAAGUGGAGGAAAAGCCGAUCAAACCAUUGGUGGAUAAGGAGAUGAAGAAGAAGGACCGCAAAGAGAAGCGUAAGGAUCGUAAGGACGCGAAACUGUCGGCCAAAGGCGAGCGCUCGAAGUUGAAGCCCAAGAAGUUUAAGAUCAAAGCCAUUGUCGGCAAAGGAAGGGAUAAAAGCGACGCAAAAGAGGGCAAGAAGUUGAAGAAAGUGCUGAAGAUUAAAGAGUUGGGUCGACGCCCGUACUCACCGCUGGCCAUCAAAGUGAUCGGACUCUCCACCGGCAAUAUCACCGCUACGUCGACCCCAACGAUGGCUCGAUCGCCGGCCAGUGUUGUGUCGCCCAAUGAGGAGUCCGUUAGCAAAAUGAACGCUUCGUUUGACUCGUCAAUCGACGCCGUGAUUGACCGGAUCUGUACCUCAAGAGAUGAUAACGAGUCGAACGUAUCAGUCAAACAGGAAGAAGAAUUAUCACCGAAAAAGAAGUACAAACUGAAGAGAGAGGAGUCGGGAGAGAGGCCGACGUCGGCCAAGAAGUCGCGCAAAGAGAAAGACAAUCCGGCGUUCGAGAUGUCGAUGAGCGAGACUAUCGACGAAGUGGUCCGACAGUCGCAGUCGGCGCUACUGUCGCCGUCGGCGGCGCACAAGCGGUCGCCUCAUUGGCAGCCGACGGGCGCCGCCGCUGUCGGCAGUCCCAAAGCGAAGGCCGAACACCGGACCCUCUCAUCACCCAGUAAUCAAAGUAAAUCAGAUCUCAAAGCGUCGGCCGCGGCGGCGGCGGUGGUGGACGACGACGACGAAGAGGCGGCCAAAGCGUUGGUAAUGAUGUUUAACGAGAAGAACGGCGGGUCGUCGUCGGUCACGAAGCGCGGCCGAAAGCACAAGUUAUCGAUACCGACGGCCUCCGCAGCGGCGGCGUCGGCCACUUCGCCCCCACCGGAACCGGACUCAUCACCGGCGCGUAAAUCGGCGUUCAAGUCGGCGAUGAGCGCCUUCCCUAAGGUGUCGCCGGGCGCGUCACCCCUCUCUCCAACCAUGUUCUCGAUGACCAAUCAGGUGGGCCCGCAGUUUGGCACUCAGCCCAUGUUUGGUCAGCGGUCGCCGCCGCUGCUGACGCCCGUUCAGUCGGGCGGAUCCCCUCCGCACCAGUACUCGGGUCCGCCGCCGACUCUCACCAAACCAAAGACGUUGGCCGAGAAGAAAGCGAUGCCACCGGAGAUUAUGAACGCACCGCUUGUGGCCGUCAAGAAGGAGAAGGAAAACAAAACGGACCGCAAAGACAGGGAUAGAGAGCGCGAUAGGGAUCGCAAGGAGAAGAAGACGCAGAAGUUGGUGAAGAAUAAGAAAUUCAAAUCUCGCAAAACGAUUAGCACCGAUGAGGACACGUCCUCCGAAGAGGAAGUGAAACCCAAGAUCAAUAUCAAGUUGGGUUCGACGGGUAGACCCAAAAGCACCGGUUCUGAUAAGCUCUCGGCUAAGAGCGCCGCUGCGGUCAACAGUAAGCCUGUGGUGAAGACCCCGCUGUCGCCCAAACACAACGUUUCCAAUCAGGAGGACAUGUCGUCCGCCGUUAAGAAGAAAAGGGGACCGAAGAAGAAGGAGAAGAAAGAGGAGCCCACAGAGGAUACGUCAUGUAUUGUGAUACGAGAGACAAUCACUGUUGACACCGGCGAAGGCAACGGCAAAGUGUGGAUCUGUCCCGAGUGUAAGCGUCCCGACGACGGCAGUCCUAUGAUUGGCUGUGAUACGUGCGACGAGUGGUAUCACUACGAGUGCGUUGGCAUCAGAACGGCUCCGGGAGCCGACGAGAGCUGGUUUUGCCAGAAAUGCGUGAAAAAGCAGAAACAAAUCGAGCCUAAGGUCCUGAAGACCGCGAAGAAAAAGGACACUAAAAAGCGUGUGAAAGACAAAUGA